CGCCGCAACCCCCCGCCAGCUCCCCAUUGGCUCGCAGAGAUUGGACCCCCGAUUGGCCUUUGCGUUUCGCCUUUUUUCCGCACAUUUUUCCAUCUUUGACGAGACUUCAAAGCGAGUGCGAAGCGUGAACGCUCAUUUAGAAGGAUUUAGACAUCCUUCGCCAGCCCGAGGAAACUGUUCCCAUUAAUCACGGAGCCGCACGGACACUUUCAAAGUGACUUCAAAGUCCACAAGUCCAUCCCCGCUCCCCGCGACCCCCCCCCACCCCCCCUCGCUUUCAAAGUCACGACCACAGCCGGGGAUAAAACCGGUUCUCGGGUCAAAAGUCAAAACCGGGUUCAGAGCGGAGUGAUAACUUUGACCGGGCAUGAGAAGGGGCACUUUGAUCGGAGACAAGAAGAUAAGACAGAACGUUAGCGACUUUGACUAGAGACAAAACUAGGACCAGAAACCCCCCCUCUCCCAAAAAAGAGCCCCGAAUGAGAAUUCAAUCCAGGAACGAGAUCGGGUUUGGAUCACCGAAAAGUCUGAGACGAGAUGGGCCAGAAACAUGGCCGAUAUUGGAGUGAGAGCCUCCACUGGGACAAAACUGCAGGCAUGACCCAAAGAGCAGAGCAGAGUGAAACUUUGGACCUUGAGCGAGAGACAAGACGAGGGCCAGACUGAGCAAUUGCACCGAAGACAAGACCAAGACCAAAGGGGAAAUCUGGUCCAGGUGAAGGGCUGGGGCCAGACUGAGGACUUUGACCAGAGACAAAACCAGCGACCGGAUUGCAAAGUUGAUCUGGAGUAAAGACCAGCAACAGAUUGAGGCCUUUGACUGAAGACAAGUCCCCGAUCCGGGACUCAGGCAGGAUAACCCUCAAGUGACCGAGGAACUGCGACAGCGGCUUCCUUCGCCCGCUCAGCGGUCCGGCGCCGAACCACCCGCCGACCUUGUGGUCCUGAAGGUCCCCCCGGUGGCACCCUGGACUGGCGCCACCCCUCCUCCGGCCCACUGGCGAACGCCUUACCCGGCGUCCUCCUGAACGUCGGCAGGCGCCGCGGACAUGGAGGCGGACUUUUCGGCCACUGGAUGCUCUCCGUCGGGUCCUGAGACCUGCGGGGGUUCUGGUGGUCCCUCAGCGGGAGGGCUCCUAGUCAGCAGCCAUCGGGACGCGACAACCUACGGUCAAGCCCCGCCUCCGGACGCCGACAAGAAGGUGUCCCUGCUACUCCGAGAGUUGGAUGCGCUGAGAGACGCCAAUAAGAAGUUGCUGGAGCAGCUGAGCCUGAAGGAGGAGGAGCUACAGAGGAAGGAGGCGGAGCCGAUGGCCGACACCAAGCGGGCCCAAGACUGGGAGGCGCCUUCUGCGUUCUUGGACGAGUUGUUGAGCGCCCGCAAGACCCGAGACGAGGCCAUGAUGUCGCGAGUCCUGAUGGCCAACGAGGAGCGAGAUGAGGCGUUGCGCCACGUGGCGAGACUGCAGCAGGCUGCCAAGUAAACACGCACACCAGAAGCACUUUCGUAUUUCACAAUCCAAUUGAUACGUGUCACGGGGUCACUCGUGUGAUGGUCAGGCCAUUUAGGCCAUUGUGACGAAUCACACGACGGCGCUACGUGUUUUCCGGUGGAUGCCUUUCAAAAUAAAAGGCCCUAUCGGAGGCACACAUGAGCCCACAGCUCACAUGCACGCACAGAACGCAAGUGUGAGUCCUGUAAUUGACGAAGGUGUUUUGGUCCCGUGCGACUGUCGGAUUCCUUUCAAAAUAGCAAAGUUUUCAAAAUAAAAGUCCUAUAUGGGAUACA